AAUCUUUUCCGCCACAGCGGACGAAUACGUUGCAACGUAAUGGCGGAAUUAAAUAGGGAAUUAAAGGAAUAUCUUUCUAGGAAUAAUAACGAUGACAAGGAGACAUUGUUGCCCUCAACGAUUAAAGAUAUUAAAUUACCAAAAUUGAGUUCGUGGUUUACACCUAAUGGGUCUGUAGUCGAUGAAGAGGCUGGAGGAAGUCCUGCUCAAACGUCAAGCUCAUGGUUCUCAAGCAACAAAUCUGAAUCAAUAUUUCCUUCUUUGGGAAGGAAACAGCGCAUCAUUGGUUUUAUUUGUUGCGUUGUUAUGGGCCUCAUUUGCUUCACGUUGUCAGCAAUGUAUGCUCCUCUGUUGCUGCUGAAAGCUCGAAAAUUUGCACUUCUCUUCACUCUUGGAAGCCUCUUCAGUUUAAUGAGUUUUUCAUUCCUUUGGGGUCCGGUAUGCCAUCUGAAGCACUUGUUCUCCUCUGAUCGCCUCAUGUUCACCUCAGUAUAUCUGGUGUCUCUUUUUGGGACCCUGUACAGCGCACUCAGUUUGCAGUCCACUAUACUCACCUCUAUUGCUGCUGUACUGCAGGUGCUGGCACUGCUGUGCUACAUUGUAUCAAACAUACCAGGAGGGCAAGCAGGGCUCAACUUCUUCUCCAGCAUUUGUACAUCAGUUCUACGCAAAACUGUUUCAAAAGCAUUGCCUGUUUAAUCAGCUGGCUAUUUUACUACUAUUACUACAUGGCUACUAUUACUACAUGACCAAGAUUCACUGAACAAAUCAAUAAUUCUGUGUGUAGACUUUAAUCAGCUUUGAAGAUGACUUCUGCUUAAAAACUUCUUUAUUCAUGUUAUAUGAAAUUAAUGUUUUUAGGUCUCAUACUUCCAUGGUAGUUAUCUUUCU